AUGAGCAUGCAUCCGGCGCGUCAGGCCUAUGUCGAGGAGGAGAAUGGUGCGGGCGAUGCCAUGGAGGGGAUAGACCUUGCCAGUGUCCCGCUCGACCGCAACCAUGCCAUGCCCGGUGGAGGAAACGCGUCGGCUUCUUCGCUCAUGGAGGAUUUUGAUCGCAAGCGACGAGCCGCCCAGCUAGUUGUGCCCACGGCCGACCGCGAUGUCAAAGCAAAGCUGCGUUCGCGCGGAGAACCAAUUACCCUCUUCGGCGAGGGUCCUGCUGAGCGCCGCGAUCGACUUCGCGCAUUGCUUGCAGAAGCACAGGAAGCAUUGGGCGAGGAAGCGGCAGACGUGGACAUGCAAGACGCAGAAGAGGGGGCUGGAGACGAGCAAGAGGAAUUCUACACGCAGGGCACGCAGGCACUUCUGGAUGCGCGACGGGAAAUGGCCAAGUAUUCGCUGCCACGAGCCAAGGAACGAAUCGCAUAUCAGCGUCGCGAGGCUACGAUACCGCUCAAGACGCAUAUCGAGUUCCGGAACGGCAUCAAGGAGCGGCUAAAGGGCUUUGAACUCUACGGAUCGCAAACAGCAGAUCGACCAGUGAGCAUUGUACGCGUCUCGCCAAAUGGGCAGUACGUCGCAUACGGAACCUGGGGUGGCAAGGUGGCACUACUCGAGAUUCCCAGUCUUGAGCAGAAGAAAGCCUACCGGGGUGGACAUGCGGAACGUGCGACAGGCAUAGACUGGAUGCCAGACGCAACCCUGCCUGGUAGUAGUGUAUCGAGUUCAAGCGUAAACUUUGCCUCUGGAGGAGCAGGUGGAAAGGUUCAGCUAUGGUCGCUUGAUGACGACAAACCUCUGCGCACGCUAGAAGGACACACUGACCGUGUUUGUCGUUUAGCGUUCCAUCCUACAGGACGAUACCUAGCGUCAGCUUCUGAUGAUACCACAUGGCGGCUUUGGGACGUGAACACGGGCCAGGAGCUUCUCAUGCAAGAGGGUCAUUCAAAGGAGGUCUAUACUGUAAGUUUCAACGGUGACGGUUCUUUGGUUGCAAGUGCUGGCUUAGACAGCAUUGGUCGUGUGUGGGAUGUUCGCACAGGUCGAGUCAUCUACAUGCUGGAAAGCCAUAUCAAGCCCAUCUAUGGUUUAGACUGGGCUACCGAUGGCCACCGACUACUUUCUGGAUCGGGAGAUGGAUUUAUGAAGUGCUGGGACGUUCGUGCGAUGAGAGAGACCAACUCGAUUGCGGCCAACACUGGAGGAGUCACUGAUCUACGAUGGUUCAAGGGGACGGAUGGUCCGACGAGCGGAAUACCGCUGCAAGAGAAUGAGCAAGGGCAAGUGAUUCCGAAGAAGGCAUCAACAUUUGUCAUUUCGUCUGGAUUUGACAAGAAUGUUCAAAUCUUUUCGGCGGACGAUUGGGCACACUGCAAGACUCUCCAGGGACACUCUGGGCCCGUGUUUAGUACGGAUGUGACAAGGGACGCAUGCUGGAUUGUGAGUGGAGGCAAGGACCGCACCGUGAAGCUGUGGUCUCGGGAUGAUAAUGGGGGAAUCUGA